AAUUAUCUUCACAGAAGAAAUUUGAUGAAAUUAAGAAGGCUAAUCAGGCUGCAGCAAAAAAGCUAGUUGAAGACCAAUUUAGCUCCUCCUCUGAAGAUGAUGAUGAAGAUGCUGAAGUAAAACAAGGAAAGAUUUUGGCUAAAACAUUUACCAUUUACACCAGUCAAACUGAUGGAGAUGCAAGUGAACUGGAACGUACAAGGCAGUACAUGAAUGAAGCUUUUCAGUCAGGGGCUAUGACAUGUCUGAUCUGCAUUGCUUCAGUUAAAAGGAACCAAGCUGUCUGGAGCUGUUGUGGAUGCUUUUGUAUAUUUCACCUGGUGUGUAUCCAAAAGUGGGCCAAGGACAGCCUUUUCCUUGUGUCUUCUCCUUUGACAGAUGAUGAUUUUGGGAAGAAAGAUUAUCCCUGGCCAUGUCCAAAAUGUAGGUUUGAAUACAAACGGUCUGAAACUCCCAGUAGGUAUUACUGUUACUGUGGAAAAGUGGAGAAUCCAACACUGGACCCAUGGCUGGUACCUCACUCCUGUGGUCAGAUAUGUGAGAGGGAAUUCAAACCUUCUUGUGGUCAUAAAUGUUUGCUGCUUUGUCAUCCAGGACCCUGUCCACCUUGCCCAAAGAUGGUCACCACAACCUGUCACUGUAAGAAAGCUAAACCAGUGCCGCGAAGGUGCAGUGCCAAGGAAUGGUCAUGUCGCCUGCCGUGUGGACGAACAUUGCUGUGUGGACAACACACUUGUGAGAAUUCCUGUCACGCAGGAGAUUGUCAGCCUUGUCCACGAGUCAGUAAACAGCGGUGCAUCUGUGGAAGACAGACAGCAGAAAGACUUUGUGCGAGUCCUCAGUGGCAGUGUAAUCAGAUGUGUGGGAAACCUUUGCCUUGUGGUAAUCACACAUGUGAACAAGUUUGUCAUGCUGGUCCCUGUGGAGACUGCCCUCGUUCUGGGAAAAGGUCCUGCCCAUGUGAAAAAUCCAAGUUUACAUUGCCUUGUACAGAAGAUGUGCCCACCUGUGGCGAUAGUUGUGACAAAGUUCUGGAAUGUGGCAUCCAUAGAUGUUCACAGCGCUGUCAUCGAGGUCCCUGUGAGAUAUGCAGACAGGAAGUUGAAAAACAGUGUCGCUGUGGAAAGCACACUAAACGCAUGCCAUGUCAUAAGCCCUAUCUGUGUGAAACAAAGUGUACUAAAAUUCGUGAUUGCCAAAAGCACCAAUGUAGGAGAAAGUGCUGUUCUGGAAACUGUCCACCUUGUGAUCAAAUCUGUGGGCGGACUCUAGGCUGCAGAAAUCACAAAUGUCCUUCAGGCUGCCACAGAGGUAGUUGUAAUCCAUGUCCAGAGACUGUAGAUGUGAAAUGUAAUUGUGGAAGAACUGUCAUUAAAGUGCCCUGUGGCAGAGAGCGCACCAUCAAACCUCCCAAGUGCAAACAGCUGUGCAGCCGGCCACCUACCUGUCACCACUCUACCCAGGAGAAACACUAUUGUCACUUUGGCCGGUGUCCUCCGUGUCGCCAGUCCUGCCAGAAAACAUUAGCAUGUGGUCAUUUGUGCCCUGUUUCCUGUCAUGAUGAAGCACUUGUGAAGCAAACUGGCUUACAUCAGUCUGCAGGUCCUUGGGAACAGCCAUCUGAGCCAGCUUUUAUUCAAACUGCAUUACCAUGCCCUCCCUGUGAGGUUCCUGUACCAGUGGAGUGUCUUGGGCAGCAUGAG